GCGAUAUCGUAGAACAGAGGUAGUUGCAAACUGCUCUUCUUAAACAUGAAAACCACAAUCGCAUCUGUCUGUGUUUUGAUAAUUUUGACUUUCUCUUACUGUGCGGAACUACCACCUAGUUUCAAAAAAUGCAACAUAAAGCAGUCGGAUUUUAAAAAGUGCUUGAGCAACGCCGUCCAGAACGCCAUCCAGCAAUUGAAAGACCCAAUUCCUAAACUGGGUCUACACAGCAUAGAUCCAUUUUGGAUGGAAACUCUGACGAUGGAAGUAGGGAACGCUUCUGAGGGUUUGCAUCAAAUUUGGAGCAAUGUAACAGUUUACGGCUUGAGCAAACCCGUUGCUACAGAUGCAAGCUGGACUUCUGGCUCUGUCAUCACCUUAGAUCUCGAAGUGAGCUACGACCGUACGCUAGUUUUCGCCUCCAACUAUGAAGCCCACGGCGCAGUUCUUCUCCUCCCGGUUGACGUGUUUUCAUCAUUUCGUUGCGAAUUUGUGAAAGGGGGGAAGAUUAAAGUAACAUACAAAAUCCAAAAACCUAAAAAAGGGAACGGAUAUUUUAAACUGAUUAGUACUGAGGUUGUACUUGAACCCAAGAGGGCGAAAUAUAUUUUCACUAAGGUCUUUGAAAAUCAAAAUCUAACGGAUGCGUUAAACUCGGAAAUGUAUAAAAAUUGGGAGGGAGCCUGGAAGUUUAUUCAUGGGUUUUUGAAUGUUUAUGACCCAUUUUUUGAUGCAUUGCUUAGAAGCAUUUUGGAAAAAGUUCCAGCUGAUCAAAUUAUCGAUGGACUGGAUUAAACCGUGUAUUGCUUCGAACUACAGUGUUUUAAUAGGUAUAUGUUAAAAAUAAACGAAUUGUGGAAUAAUUUACAAAGUAAAAAAUAAAAAGAAAAUAAAAAAAUACAGAUUAGAAAAA